CUCUCUGUGUUAUUGUUCUACUCUUGGCCCUCUGGUAUAGAAGCAGAGAUGGUAGAAAAUUUAGAGGUCAUGGGGAAGCAAAAGCUCACUAUAAAGACCGAGGAGGAGUCAAAUCCUCGUGAGAAGUACAUAACCUGGACUGACGAGGCGACAAGGUUUAUGCUUGAUUGGUAUAUUGAGCUUCGUAAGGACAAACCUGCAACUUUCAAGUUCAAGAAACAGCACCACUUGCACUGUGCUGAUGCUUUGAAUGGCAAGUUUACUCUUGGUGUCACUCAAACCCAAGUGGACCGACACUACCGGUCAUGCAAGGAGAACUGGGGUUGGGUGCGUCGUGCCAUGGCCAAUAGUGGCAAUGGCUUUGACAUGAUUAAUUUCACAUUCACACUUUCUGAGUCAGAAAAACAAAACCUAAGUAAAACUGCAGUCAAUUAUCUUACUAGACCCAUCAGGUUUUUUAAUCAAUUGCAAGAGUUAUUCUCUGACCAGUCCCAUGCUGAUGGCUCGCUUGCAACUGACCAAACCACUGUCAAUGUGGAUGAUGAUAGUGAUGACAGCGAGGAAGUGAGGGAACUUGAGGCCAAUCUAAUUCCAGUUGACAGCGAUGAAGCUGACUCUGACACUAUUAAUCGUCACAGUCCUAAAGUUGACUUGGAAGGCAAUUCUUUAAACAAGAAGCGCAAGCACGUGUCAUCUUCACCUUCCAAGAAGCCAACUAAGGGGAAAGCAAACAAGAAGGGCAAGAUAUCUAAUGAUGAUAUGGCAGCCAGUAUCAAGAAGCUAGCUGACUCUCUUGCAUCUCCUAUUGUUUCUGUGCAACCAAUGCCACCUACAGAUCCAUAUGCAAACCUUUGGAAGCGGAUAAAUGCCCUUACCAUACCAGCUAAGGAUAAACUUGAGCUUGUUGCAUAUCUAUCCAAACCAGACCAAGAUAUCUUCCGUAGUUACCUCAACUAUGCUGAUGAAACAAUUCUUGGACAGUGGGUCCUUAGCUUCUUCGAGCCUCGGUUUGAAGAAGAUGGUGGCAACGGUGGAUCUGCAACUGCUCACUGA